AUGCCUGAUCCUGGGUGGCAGGGGCACGAGGAAACUCAGUCAAAUUCCAACACUCAAUUUCCCACUAACCUUUCUCCUCACAGAUGGGUUCCACAGCAGCUCGGCUGGCAGCUUCUGGCUUUGGUCAGCCCGCAGGUCGAUGCUCCUAAUCUGGAAUCUGAAAAUUCAGAGUAGGAAAAGAUGGCAACUGAAAAUCUGAAAUCUGAAAAUCUGGAAAAUGAAACAGUUUCUUCGGUUGCUGCUUUACAGGCCCUCUCUAAGCUACUCUGUCCUGAAGAAGAAGCUGAUUUCGAAUUUGAACAGUCCAGUUGUUCAUCUACUACCGGAGCCAUGGGUCCUGGUAAUAUUGGACCACCUAAAACAGAAGAUGUCAAAAUUAUGUCUCAGACCAGGGUUGAACAAAGUGAGGAAAUCUGGAAUCCAGAAGAAGUGCCAGAAGGAGCCGAACAUGAUGACAUGUGGGAUGUUAGAGAAAUACCCGAGUAUGAGAUUGUAUUCCAACAGCAGGUGGGAACUUCGGAUAUUUUCCUUGGAUUUACCAGAAAAGACUCUUCUACAGCAUGCUGUGAGGAACUUGUGAUUAAAAUUAAACUACCAGAUACAAACCCUUCUGACAUUAAAUUAGAUAUCCAGGAAAUGCUUCUUGAUCUUCGUACUGCUAAUAAGAAGCUGUUGUUACCCCUCCCCCAACCUGUUGAAUGCAGCAGUGCUAGAGCUGUUUAUAUUUCAGAGUCUGAGACUCUCGAAGUCACUGCACCUAUGAAAAGGGAAUUGGAUUUUGUUAAUUUUUUCUGA